AGACAAGGGACAAGGAACAAAAGUUGUACCCCUUCCCCGUACACGUUUCAUAGUUCCAACGUGAUUUGUAAAACCCAAACCAUUGAUAAACUAAUGGCAUUUAGCUUUGUUUGAUGAAAGAGAAAUAAUGAGACAUAACAGUGUAUUUGUAAAUAACUAAUCCACAAACAUUAAUCUCGACACAUGCGUAUUUAGCAAGACGCGUUCUCAUUCAAGACUUACCUCCCUUGAAAAGAACUCUCUGUGUGGCGUCGUCGACAACAAAAACGAAACACACACUGUCAGGUCCAGUUCCAGUUGCAUUGGGAUGAAACGACCAACAGAUCCUAGAUAUGAUGCGGUGGAAACAUACGAUGAUAAACUCGCAAAAUGGACACGGACUGAACUUCAGCUCAGUAGGCUUCACGAGGAAAUAUUGACCCAAAGAGAGGCUCUGAUGAAUUACAGUUUUUCGUACACAAGAAGUCAGGACAGUCGAACACUUCAAGAGGCAGCAGACCGACAACGGGCACGGUUGAGGAAUGAGCAAUUUCUUCAGAAUAUUGCUGACACUGAGGAAAUGCUGGAGGCUGAAGCAGCCAUUCCUCCUAGCCCAAGACUGACCACACUUCAGACAAACUACUGGGCAAUGGUACGCAGCAUGGUUCCUCUGUAUGAGAAAAGUCUGGACCACCAGAAUACAAAGUCACACAGUCAUCGGAGCAACUCGGCAACCGUACAGCAGCCUAGCUCAAGUCUUAAAGGGAAGUCAACGAAACCAAGCAAGAAAAAGACUAAGAAAACAUGAUUUACAAAAACUUCUGCAGGUUAUUUCUAAAGCUAAAAAUAUACUGUAUAACAGGUUAUUUACGUACCAUCUAAAUUACUUCAUUUCAAUUUACAUCAUUUGCGAUUUUUUGAUUGAUCAGAAUAAACACUGACAGGUGUUCCAAAAUUUCUGAAGUCAGCUCUGAAUUUAAGACAAUUUUCCAACGUUUUAAACAUGUCAUAACUGGUACACGUUUUUCCACCUUAUAGAACAUGUCAAUUUCAUGAAAAUUGAUUUUCUUUGAAUAUUGUGAAAUCUAUCUCUUUGGAAAUAAGUUUACAAUCCUCUUUCUCUGGAUCCGUUGUAAAAUACCCGUAGAAUUUGUUUUACAUCUACAAACCUAAAGUUGUUGGUGUCAGUUUACAUGAUCGUUGAUUUCACUCAAAUGGUAUAAAUUGAUUCAACUUCAAGUAUCAAUUAGUGAGUAUUUGUAAACUGUGUAUAAACUACAUGUUUAAAGUACAUUUCUGCUGAUAUGUUUCAUGAUUUGAAUAUUCAUGUUCAGAAUUCAUCAUGGAAAUUGAGUGCAGAAAUAACCUGUUAUACAGUGUAUUUACAUAUAAAUCAAACCAAAAGCUUAGUCGGGAGGCAAUUUAUUUUAAAUUUCUUAUUCAAAAUUAUAUGAUAUGCCAUAUCAUAGUAUUUUGAAUAAGAAAUUUAAGGGCUUUAUUUUCAUUGCCUUUUGUUUUGACUCAAUUUCAUUAAUCUUAAAAUCUAAUUUCUUUUUUUUUCUGUUAAAAUAUGUUAAAAUUUGCAAAAAAAAAAUGUACAGGUAUGACCUCAAAUUCAUAGAAUACAAUAGAAGAAUUUCCUAAUAGAGCCAACUCCAUUCGUUCUAGUUCAGAGUGGGUUACAUGUAUAAGUCCCUUCACUCCACAGAUAGAUACCCAAUGGUAUGCAGUGUGAUCGCGCAAUAGAGAAAAUCAGGUCAGCAAAUCAAACACAACAGCCUUCAGAGUGAACGUUUUUAUAUUUGGUACAUGUCAAAUUGUCCUGCAGCCCAGGAGGGGGAAACCAUUCGACAAGUACCAAAUAAAUUCAAAAACAUCCACUCUGCAGGCUGAUAUGAUUGAUUCACUUAACUGAAAAUAUAAUGGGAGUUUUGAUUUAAAACAUAGUGAAUUUUGUGUAUUAGGACACAAUAUAUAUCAUAUGAACAAAUGUAGUUCAUCAGGCAGCUACAUGUGUUUAAACUUUUAAAGAAGCCAAGAUGAUUUAUAUGACUUUUUUACACUGCCAUAAUAUGUACUGUGUUCUUUUUAAGUCAUUUAAGUUUCAUUUUCAGAGAGUUGCGAUCAGAUAGCGAUUUACAUCCGUCCAUCACCGUCAUUUUUGUGACAAUGCAGUAGAUCUUUUAUUAUCAAGGACCAUCCAUAGCCAUACAUUUACAAGGCAGUUGAUAAUAUACCUAAGUUUUCUUCAAGUGCAAGUUGUUAUUACAAAUUAUUUACAUGUUUGUUUACAUUUUAAAGAUUUUCCUAUAUUUACCAAUUGCAAUAUGACAUCAAUUGAUAAAAAUUUUACUUUAGAGUUUCCUGAUCAUUGGGAUAUAGUCCAAGUACCAUUUUUUAUUAGUUCCCUACCGGUGAAACUGGUAUAGGUUUCUCCGUUCGUCCACCUAUCAGUCCGUCCACUCGGUUUUCCAUACUUUUCUCAGCCAUGCUUCAAGGUAUGUUUAUGAAAGUUGGUAUGUAACUUCAGUAUGAGUAGCUACAGAUCAAGUUUCAGUUUUGGGUCAAGGUCAAGGUCAUAGCUAUUUUCAGCAGGGAGAAAUAGUUUUAAGAUAUGUUUCUUAAAAACAUCAACCGUUUUUCCAACAGUGAUUUUUACAAUGAUAAUAGCUUUAUGGUAAGUUGACGAAUAACUAUACAUUAAUCUUGUUAUACAAUGUAUAUGCAGUCUGAUAAAUUAAGAUAUUUCAAAAUUUUACUUGUUAAACUUUUAUUUUUACCCAAGAGCUUCUCCUCAUCUUGUUUAUUUUCCAAGUUUGCUUAUUUUGGAUACUACUGUUAGUGAAAUAUCCCUCAGGGACUUGACGACACAAAUUGCCAAUUCACAGUUCAUAUCCGAUGUAUAGUGUCAAGUCCCUGUGAUAAACCCUAUAUUAUACCUGUGUUACAGUUAAGGCUAUAUGCUAGCUCUAUGUUAAGAGUUAUCUCCCUUUCACAUACCUGUUAUUUGUGUGAUAGUUAGGAAUGCUACCAUGCUCGGUAUACUAUUUUUCUGACGUUGUUUCAAGACUUUCCAAAUUGAAAUCUGGAGCCAAAAGUCAUCCUUGAAUGACCACAAUUUUUUAUAGCACAUUAAACAAUACAGAACCAAACCAAACAAUACAGUGUACAAAUUUUGUCAUAUAUUUUGUUUUGUUGCAUUUCUACCAGUGAAAUUUAUCUUAUCAAA